AAACAGAAUCAAGAUGGGUUUAGAAGCAAAUGGUGGCGUCGCCGAGAAGCACUUCAAGUUUUUGAUCUACGGUAAAACCGGUUGGAUCGGUGGUCUGUUGGGGAAGCUCUGCGAAGACCAAGGCAUCCCAUUCCACUACGCCACCGGCAGACUCGAGAACCGGUCAUCCUUAGAAGCCGACAUAGAGACGGCCAAGCCCAGCCACGUGUUCAACGCCGCGGGCGUUACGGGUAGACCCAAUGUGGACUAGUGCGAAUCUCACAAGGUUGAAACCAUCCGAACCAACGUCGUCGGCACCCUCACCCUCGCCGAUGUGUGCCGCCAGAAAGGCCUCAUCCUCAUCAACUACGCCACCGGUUGCAUCUUCGAGUACGAUUCCUCUCACUCCCUCGGAUCCGCCAUUGGAUUCAAGGAAGAGGACACCCCUAAUUUCACCGGCUCCUUCUACUCCAAGACCAAGGCCAUGGUGGAAGAUCUGCUUCGGAACUACGACAACGUGUGUACCUUGCGAGUGAGGAUGCCUAUCUCCUCGGAUUUGUCGAACCCUCGCAAUUUCAUCACUAAGAUCACUCGAUACGACAAGGUUGUGGACAUUCCCAACUCCAUGACUAUUCUGGACGAACUCCUCCCUCUCUCCAUCGAGAUGGCCAAGAGGAAUCUCACUGGGAUCUGGAAUUUCACUAACCCUGGUGUCGUCAGCCACAACCAAAUCUUACAAUUGUAUAGGGAUUACGUGGAUCCCACCUUUAAAUGGAAGAACUUCACUCUGGAUGAACAGGCUAAGGUCAUUGUUGCCCCCAGAAGCAACAACGAGCUUGACGCGUCUAAGUUAAAGAAAGAGUUCCCUCAACUCUUGUCUAUCAACGACUCCCUCGUUAAGUAUGUCUUCGAGCCUAAUCGGAAAAAGGCUGUGUAAGAUAUUAUCAAGUGUUACCAUUUUUGCGUCCAUUAAUUGUUGAAUUCGGUUUGUGUGCUUUGAGCAGUCACGCACGUAAUGUACUUUUCCGUUCAUAUGUAUCGGUGCGUUUCAAUGUUAUAUUUGUAUUUACUACACGAUGAAUAAGUCAGUUGUAUAACUUGCAACU